CAAGCCUUGCUCAAGCACCCAGUGCUGGCCAAACAACCCUUAGCCAGCAAGGUUUUGAGUGUCCUUCAUGUAUCGCACCGCCCUCUUGGGCACAUUGCCGCUGGCACUGGCCGUGGUUACCGGUGACUGUGAGGGUCAGGACUGUGAUUCUCCCAGCAACAUCUUCUUGCAGACAGCUCACCAUCGCCAGAGGGAAGAAAAGUACCACUGGCCCAGUGGGCGCGGGCGCUUCCCUUUCUUCGCGGUGUCCGAGAACAACGCCCCAUUUCAUGUGAAUAACUCCCUGGCAUGGUCGUGGCAUCAUCCCGAGGGACGAUUUCAUACACUGACCUACGGAACAGCCGUUGACAAUGACUUGAACGUCUACCUCACUUGUGCGGAUGCCAUGCGCAAGUUUGACAAAGACGGCAAUUUGCUGUGGGAGCACGGUUGCAUGCCUGCAAAUUUCAUGAACGCGCCGGUGAUCGACCAGGGGAUGGUGUACAUCAGCGACACGAAGGGCGGAGUGCGAGCCCUUGACAUGAAAGAUGGGAAAAGGAUAUGGCACACCAAUGUGUCCGAAACCACUGGCCAAGACAACGGCUUCAACAUGGUCCACAAAGGAGUUCUGUUCGCUGCAGCCGAUUGGACGGGAGACUCUCCUCAGGGCCCCGCCAACAAGUAUGUGAAGGCGUUGAAUGCCACUACUGGGGAUCUCUUGUGGUCCUAUCAGCCGGACAUGCCAAUCUGGAACUUUUUGGCGCUCUUCCCAGAUGAGAGCUCGCUGGUAUUUCAGGACAUGACAGGGAAGGCCUAUCGCCUUAGCCUUGAGGGAAAGCUGAUGUGGAAGGCUGGCGGCCUGGAGGGCACCUGGACAGAUGGUGGGGCUGCUCUGGGGCCCAAUGGCCUCGUGUAUACGGUGAACAACAACCAUCCGCCGGGUUAUAUGACGAAACUAACUUGGGAUCCUCCAACACUUCCAGGAACGCUCUCUGCCUAUGAUGUGAAGGAUGGUGCUUUGAAAUGGCAGGUUACGACACCGCGACCACCCAACAACGCUCCUGCAGUGGGCAAAGUCUAUGGCUGGGAUGGACUGUCAGUGGUGAUCCCUGUCUGCCAGCAGGUUUUUCCAGGAGCCACGUGCGAUGUCAACGUCUAUGAUGCAAACACGGGAGAACCGCGAUGGGUCUUUCACGGACCGACCCAGAAAGGCUUAAUGCAAGCAGGUGAUUUGGAAGGUCUGGCCACGCGAAAGGCCAUCUUCUCCUUAGAAUCGGGCGGCUCGGGUCGCGCAGUUUGCCUCCCGAACGGUUGGAGUGCUCCGACCAUCACUGCGGAUGGCACGGUCUUCGUGGGCAGCGAAGAGGGGCCCAUUUUCGCGCUGCGGGACGCGGAUGGUGAUGGCAGAGUGCUGGGAGAACAGGAGGUCUCCUCCUUCGAUAGCAAGGGAGCCUUCAGCGGUUCUAGUUCUGCCGCCAUCGCGCCUCAGAUGAUGGCUAUUGCCUCCUGCGACAGCCUCUUUGUUUUCAAGGCUUAAACCAGAUCCAAAGCGGGUGAUUUUGCUGAGUUAUGGCUGCCGUAAGCGCGGGAAGCCAAAAAAAAUCCAACCCAAAGUCAGGUCAUGAAUUUGACCUGACGAAGUACGGAUCAGUCUCUCUGCAAAGACUAGUUUGUCCAGGAAAGACAGAAGGCAUGAGCGUACCGCCACACUUAUGUGGCCACACCAAGCACUAUGACAGGAAGUGUUUAAAAUGGAAAUGAGAUUUUACAGCCCGUGGCUUAAAAAGGACCUUUGCCAUCUUUGCAAAUCUUUGGGUAUA